AUGGUAGAGGGACCUAUUCUUGCUGAAGGCAUUGGCUGGGGAGUCGUUGUUGGAUUUGGUGCCUUCUUUGCCGUUUUUAUGUCACUUUUGACGAUAGCACAAAAACGUUAUUUGCAAGAAUAUCAGACCUCUGAAAUGUUUAUGACGGCCCAUCGUUCAGUAAAAACUGGGUUGGUGGCUUCUGCUGUCGUAUCAUCUUGGACUUGGGCUGCCACUUUACUUCAAUCAUCUUCUGUUGCUUACAGAUAUGGUGUGUCCGGACCUUUCUGGUAUGCCUCUGGUGCAACAAUUCAGGUGCUUCUUUUCGCUAUUUUGGCCAUUGAAGUCAAAAGAAAAGCUCCAAAUGCCCACACUUUUCUUGAAAUCAUUAAUGUCCGUUAUGGCAAAGCUACUCAUAUUGUCUUUUUGUGCUUUGGUUUGAUCACUAACAUGAUUGUAACUGCUAUGUUGUUACUUGGCGGCUCAGCUGUGGUAAAUGCACUUACUGGUGUAAAUGUUUUUGCAACAUGUUUCUUACUUCCUAUCGGUGUCAUGUUUUAUACCUUCUUCGGUGGUAUCAAAGCCACCUUCUUGACUGACUACGUACACACCACUGUAAUCUUUAUCAUCAUUCUUACUUUCGUGUUCACCGUCUAUUCAACUUCUCCAAUCAUUGGUUCACCAAGCAAAAUGCACGAAUUGUUGUCCAUGGCUGCCCAAAAAAAUCCUGUGACCGACAAUGAAGGUGGCGAAUACGUGACUAUGAGUUCCUUACAAGGUCUUAUUUUUGGCAUUAUUAAUAUUGUUGGUAAUUUCGGUACUGUAUUCGUCGAUAAUGCCUAUUGGCAACGUGCUAUUGCUGCUCGUCCAUCAUCAACUGUCAAGGCUUACUUGAUUGGUGGUUUGGCAUGGUUUGCCAUUCCUUUCACUCUUGCUACUACUAUGGGCAUUGCCGGUGUUGCUCUUGUUGCUUCUGGAAAUAUGGAUCCAUUGACUGAACAACAGAUUGAUGAGGGUUUGGUCUUACCUUUGGCUGCUGCUUCUCUUUUGGGUUCACCUGGCGCUGUUGCUGUAUUGGUUUUGGCACCAGGAAAAAAAGUUAUCAACCAAUCACAUUAUUCAGUUGUUGCUUUUGGUAUUAUCAUGGGUGUAUUGGCCACCAUCCUUCAUUUUAUUGGUAUAAGUUUAGGCUACCUUUAUUUACUUAUGGGUAUCCUUUGUUCCCCCGCCGUCAUUCCUGUCGCAUUUACGAUAACAUGGAAAAAACAAACCAAGAGUGCUGCUGUCGGCGCUUCAAUUAUUGGUCUUGUUUGUGGUGUCGUUUCUUGGUUGGCAACUGCACAAGGCUUAUUUGGUGAACUUACAAUUACCACAACUGGUCAUAAUUAUCCUAUGUUGGCAGGAAACCUUGUGUCAUUAGGAAUGUCAGGAUUAGUAGCAACAAUUUGGUCAUUAAUCUCACCAGACAAUUUUGAUUUCAACAUUACAAAAAAUCAACUUGAAAUUUUAACUGAUGACGAAGUAUCAACUCAUGCCAUCUAUGAUGACCCAAUAGAGCAUGAUCCAGCGAGAUUAAGGAAAGCGUUCAUAUUUUCCAUUCAAAGCUCUGUAGUCCUCACAAUAAUUCUUGUCAUUAUAUGGCCAUUACCGAUGUACUUCUCUCGUUAUGUUUUUUCGGUUCCUUUCUUCACUUUCUGGGUUGCCAUCUCUAUGAUUUGGGCUAUAAUGAGUACUUUGGCUGUUGCUAUAUAUCCGCUUUAUGAAUCAAGAAGUAGUAUUGCAAAUGUAGUGGGUGGUAUGUAUGGUGAUAUUACUGGUAAAAGAAAACCAGUGACUGAAACCAAACGCACAGAAUCUGAACCUUCGACUAGUGAAAAAGAUACAAAUCAAACAGUUGCUUAA